AGCAGAUUAUAUGUGCUUAAAGAGUAUAAAAAAUAUAUAUAUUUACAAGAGAGAUGCGUGAUUUAUAACUUAUUAAUAGGUUUUUGGAUUCAGAUUUGUUUAUAUUUUCUAAAUUGAUUUGUAGAAUAGACCAAAUUUAUUUCAAAUCCUUAAGGACAUAUGGCAUGUAUAAGAUAUUUGUUUAUAAUUAUGAUACUAUGUAAUUGGGUAUUGUAAAUUAUAUGCAUAGUUUAAUCAAAUAUUGCUCGACAAUAGUAAAUAUUAUAUUAAGGCGAAGUUCACUUUAGUCUAUUUAUAUUAUGAAUAUAAUACUUUUUAGUUUAUUGAUCUCUAUAUUUGAUCAUAUGAUGUUAUUUAAUAGCUAAGUAGUAUAUAUAAAAGUAAGUCAAUUUAAUUUACAGCUUCUUACGGUUGACAUUUUAAUUACGAUUGUGUAGACAUUGUUCUUAAUUUUAGUUCGAAUUCUAUAUUUGAGUUUGUUAUGCUGAUUAUAUUAUUAUAUAGUCCAAAUUAUGUUUUUUUUAUAUUCAUAACAAUGUGUUAUUCAUAGCUUACAAGAAUUUGGGGUGCUUAAAUCACUUGAGAAUGUUUGUAUACAACAUUAACUUCAUUCUGGCUAACAGAAGAUUUUAGCUCUUCAAAAAAAAGAAGAGAGAUUUCUAAAGCUUUGUUAUCAUAGGUGAAAUUAUUAUGUGCGGAUGUCGAACGUCGUUUGGAAGCCAAUCAAAAUGCGCCACAUCACCCAUUGCUCAGUAUCUGGCUCGGUACCGCUGACGUUGCACAUAUUGAUUGGUCUCCGAAUGAUAAACUGUGUUCGACGUCCGCACAAAAUAAUCUCUCCUUCCAUAGUUAUACUUGAAAGAAUUGGUCCCAAGCAAGGGCGCCUGCAUAUAUGUUUGUGUUUUUAUAACUAAUCCUUGUUUCUUCUCAUGGCAUUGGUGGACAAUGAAGCUGCCUGAACCAUGCCAAUGCAUCUAUCAUUUAUGACCAUCUUUAUUUCAUGGUUUUGGAAAUAUUUCGGCAUUCAAAACUUUGCGCACCUUUCCAAAAUCCUCAGGAUCCUGUUCACCAUGAGUACUCAUUUCGGAGAACUACGGAUGAAAGAAGUGAGUCGAAGUAUGGAUUUUGGGGUGUUCUGGCUAGAAAAGCUAGAUCAAUACUUGAAGAUGAUAGUGUUUCACAACAAUUCAAUGAUCACAGUAAAAAUGAGUUCCAAAUGCUGCACACAUCAACGGAUAGUCAGUUCAAUCAGCCUAAUCUGGCAAAGGGGAGCAUUCGAAAGUCUGAAAAUCUUUCUUCUUCCCUUAAUCAAAUUGGAGGAACAAUAAAAAGUGCCCUCGAGGAGGGUUUGAUGAUUGUCGAGAGUAGGGCAGCUGACAUCAUUCAGGAAACAGAGAAAAUUCAAAUUAGGAGAAAAUCAGCCAGUUCACGAGAUCAAAUUGAUUUUGCAGCUACAGAAAAUUUCUCUGAAAAUCUUUCAGACCAAGAAAAUUCAUUGAAGGCAUCUCGAAACCUAGCAAAUGCAAUGGCUGCCAAGGCCAAACUUCUCUUGAGAGAGCUAAAAACCGUCAAAGCUGAGCUAGCUUUUGCCAAGGAAAGAUGUGAUCAGCUUGUAGAGGAGAACAAACAUCUGAGGGAGAGCCGUGAGAAAGGAGACCAUACCCAAGAUGAUGACCUGAUUCGUCUCCAACUUGAGACCCUGCUGGCAGAGAAGGCAAGGCUGGCACAGGAGAACUCCAUAUACACCCGAGAGAAUCGAUUCUUGAGAGAGAUUGUGGAAUACCACAACCUUACAAUGCAGGAUGUUGUCCACUUGGACGACCGUAUAGAAGAUAAUGCCGACGAUGGAGCUAUACAUAUUUCAUUACCGUACUCAUCUCACUCUGCAUCUGAAGUGAUCUCCCCAGCCAUAUCAUGUCCUCAUGCUCCGCCGGAUUCUCCAAGUUCUGUUGUUCAGCCAGAUUCAUCAUCCCCUGCUGCCGCCCCUGCCCCAAGAGAAGAUGCGAAUGAAAUAAGGUCAAGCUCAUCCCCAAAAUCUGAACUCCCUCUCCUUCAACUGAAACUUGAAAGGGCAGACUAACUCUUCGUUUGAGACAGCUUUUUGUUGCUUCUAAAACGGUUUUCUAGUACAAAAAUUUUUAAUUCAUAAAUUUUUUAUAAUAAAAAGUUGUUUUAGAAAGCAGCAAAAAAGCUGUCUCAAACGAAGUUUAAAUGUUGGCAUUUUGAGUGCUUAGGGCAUCUCCAACCGAAAAACUCAUUUUUCACUCCACAAUGCAGUAAUACAUCAAAAUACAAUAAUUUGUUUCCAACCGAAUUCCAUUUUCUAACACCGAAAAAGAAUAUUCCUAGCAUAUUCUUUUCCAGACUUCAUUUUGUAUACACCAAAAUGCAGUAAUAAUUAAUUUUCGAAUAAAAAAAAAAACAAAUGGCGGGGCGGGUUGCGACCCGCCGUCAUAUAGCGGUAAAAAUACCGCUCGGAUGGAGCGAUCAAAGAAACGCCAUACGUUUUUAUGGUGUUCCGUUGAAGAUGCCAUAAGCAAUAAGUUUCUAUUCAACAAAACGAAGGUGAUAUUGUUCUGAAGAGAAGUCAAGCAUUCAGGCACUGUGAAAGCGUUCAGAUCUUGGCUUAAUCAAUGAGGGCAUCUCUUCAAACAAAAAAAUAUUAUCUUCUGGGAGAGAAAUUAUUACGUGUGAUUAUCGACGUCAUCUAGAAGUGAAUAAGGAUGCGCGACGUUAUUAUUU